AUGGUCCAACACCACGAACGAGGACAAAGUCUGUCUAUACUGAACAAGACUCCAACAGCUAUUGAGGGUCCAACAUUACUACACGAACUAGUGCCUCAUUCUUCGGAUUCAUCCGCCAUUGAAUUCCUGGAACAUGGCAAGAGACGGAAGUUUUCCUACCAAAGAUUGCACGCACUGAGCGACAUCUUGGCAAGACGGAUUAUCGAUUUGACGGCGACGCUGGAAAAUGCUUCUAUCGUUAUCCCAAUCCUGCUGCCACAAUGUCCGGAGCUAUACAUUGUACUGUUGGCAAUCUUGAAGGCAGGCAAAGCUUUCUGUCCCCUGAACCUUGAUGUCCCGGAUGAGAGGUUGAGAUUCAUACUCUCAGAUGUCUCUGCAGACCUAUUCAUAACGAACACUGGGUUUUCAGACCGAAUGCGCUCGGUGCACGAGGUGCAAACAAUAUGCGUGGAUCACGAGCUGCUGAAAGCCAAUCAGAACGACACCACAGCUUUACCACAUGUCGCCAGCACCGACCUGGCAUACGUUUUGUACACCAGUGGAUCUACUGGAUUGCCUAAGGCUGUGAGCGUAUCUCACCGUGCUGUCACUCAAAGUCUCUUGGCUCAUGACGGUCAUAUUCCAGACUUUGCACGCUUUCUUCAGUUCGCCGCUCCUACAUUCGACGUUUCCAUAUUCGAGAUCUUCUUCCCUUGGUUCAGGGGGCGGACCUUGGUUGGCUGUCCCCGUACGCAGAUGCUCGAAGAUCUUCCGGGCGCGAUCAAAACACUGGAAGCGGACGCGGCCGAGCUUACACCUACGGUUGUUGGGAAUCUUCUGCAGGGCCGAACAAGCGUGCCUGGGUUGAAAUUGCUACUCACUAUCGGCGAGAUGCUUACCCAGCAUGUUGUGACCGAAUUUGGCGACAGUGGUACUCAAAGGGGAAUUCUUUGGGCUAUGUACGGCCCCACGGAGGCUGCAAUACAUUGCACGUUGCAAGCUCACUUCUGCGCUUCUUCUCCAACCGGCAAUAUCGGAUAUCCUCUGGAGACAGUUUCAACCUUCGUUCUCGCUCUGUCUGAGGGUGCAGUCGGGACGGCCGGUGUUAAAAUCUUACCGUGGGGCGAAGAAGGUGAACUCGCCCUUGGAGGGUACCAAAUCGCUGAGGAGUACCUCAACAGGCCAGAACUUACUGCUGUAGCCUUCGUCGACCACCCCCAGUAUGGCCGAUUAUACCGCACUGGAGACCGUGCAAGGUUCUGCGAUGAUGGUACAAUCGAAUGCCUCGGUCGUAUCGUCGCCGGUCAAGUAAAGCUUCGAGGGCAGCGAGUUGAGCUUGGCGAGAUAGAACAGAUCAUCAUGAAGGUCGAAGGAUGUCGUGUGGCGGUUGCAACAAUCAUCAACGAUACCUUAGUGGCGUUUUGCGCGACUGGUACGUGCACAGUGUCACGCGCAGAGGUGCUCCGAGUCUGCAAGCAAUGGUUACCGGCCUUUAUGAUACCCUCGGACGUACUGCUAGUACCGAGCAUGCCUCAACUUCCGUCUGGGAAGAUUGACAAACAAUCACUGGAAACAGCGUAUUCGAAAUCUCUUCAGCAUCACGGCAGCACCGACUUACCACCCGACGAUCAUGCCGCACUUACUAUUCUACGUCUGACUCAGGACUGCUUAGGACAAAAGCUUUCGUUGGAUUCCAAUCUUGCUGCAGCUGGGCUAGACUCAUUACGAGCGAUUCGCGUUGCAUCAAGGCUACGAGCGGAAGGCUACGGCCUCAGUGCGGUGGACAUCCUGUCUUUGCAAUCUCUGUACGACCUCAUCACAACCUGCAAAAGCACUCCUCUGCUUAACGGACAUUCGCACUCACUAAGCUGGUUAUCAGUCCAAGACAUUGACGCUACAAUUCCUGAAUUAGCGUCCGUUCAGGCGGAUAUCGACUGCGUCUCGCCUUGCACACCCUUGCAAGAGGCAAUGCUCACCGAGACAUUGUUCAGGUCAAGCGCAUAUUGCAACUGGGUCGAGCUGGAGCUCACUGUGACGCGGACGUACGACGAAAUCGUCACAGCGAUAUCGCAUCUGGUUAGAGAGAACGGCAUCCUGCGAUCAGGCUUUUGCUCUUCUACAACUGGUACAGGAAGCUUUGUACAAGUUACUUGGAAAAAAUUACACCAAUCACAAGUGGAACAGGCAUCCAACUUGCAGAGGUCCUAUACACUUGACACCGCAGGGGCGUUGUUGCGGCCAUUCAAGGUUCAGAUACAGGAGGACUUAGAUCGACAACGAAUACUGGUGCAAAUACACCACACACUGUAUGACGGUUGGUCCUUUGAUCUACUAUUGACCGAUUUUGACAAGCUUCUGCGUGGGUUGGGACCAACGGCACGACCUCAAUUCCAAGAUGUCAGCCAUUAUUACAUUGAGCGACAGCAGACAACGGUAGCAGAAGACGAUAAGAGGUACUGGACGAACUUACUCCACGACUAUGUACCUACGACUCUAGUCAACUACAACGGUGAGAUAAAGACUGGGACAAGUCUUCGGUCACAUCGGGGGCGCUCGUCAGUUAGUCUUCAACGUUUGGCUGAGCGUGCUAGCGAUCUUGCUAUCAACCCUCAGGUCUUCUUUCAAGCAGCUACUGGAUACAUCCUUGGACUUUACACUGGGUCACCAGACGUGGUGUUCGGCAACGUCACGUCUGGUAGAACGGUUCCUGUCACUGGCAUCGAGGAUGUUGUUGGUCCAUGCAUAGCCUCACUGCCAUGCCGUCUGAAUUUUGGAGCCUUCUCCAGAGUGCGUGAGGCCCUAGAGAAGACUCAGAGCUUGAACCGUGAGGGGUUGCGCCAUUGUGCAUUGCCAUUACGAGAUAUAGCAAGAGCGGCGAACGUCCAACCUGGCACACGGUUAUUCGACGUGCUUUUUGUCUGGCAGCAAUCAUCAAGUUCUGACAACAGCUCCUCCUUAGCUGCAAAGAUCGUCGACAGCGCUGACGAUCUAGAGUUCAAGCUCACGCUCGAAUUCGAACCAUGUGAUGGCUUCAUCUCCUUCCGCACUACUUUCGACCCAUGCAGCAUCCCAGAACAGCAAGUUACACACCUCUCACGACAGAUCGACGAGGUUGUUGAGAAGUUCCUGGACGACACUAGCUGCACAAUAGCUGAUGUUGGGCGAUGCUUUACCACUUCAAGCCUUUCGAUUGCCAAUUCCGAAUAUCGCCACCAUUGCGACAGCGUCAGCCUCUCGCAUGUAGUGGAGACAUGGGCAAAAUCCUCUCCCGAUAAAGAAGCUGUCAUAUUUGGUCACGUCUCCGAUGGCGUCAUGAAAGUUAAAGACACCAUCACAUACUUGGGCUUGAACCAGCGGGCCAACCAGCUUGCUCGCCUUCUCUCGCAGCAUGGCGUUGGCCAAGAUGACUUGGUGUGUAUCAUGAUGGAGAAGUCCGUAGAUCUGUACGUCGCCAUCCUUGCCGUACUGAAGCUUGGAUCCGGUUACUUACCACUUGUGCCCGACACGCCUGUCGAAAGGGUUGGUACGAUACUCAGGGACGCUCAGGUAGCAGUUUGCAUGAGCGAUUCAUUCAGUCUACAGCCACUUCGCAAAAGUUUCCCUGGCACAAUCAUCGACCUCUGCUCAACAAACCUAUCGAUAUUCUCCAGCCACAAUCUGGAUAUACAUUACAAUGGUUCGCAUAUAGCCUAUGCUGUGUUCACCAGUGGAAGUACAGGUACACCGAAAGGCGUCCUCGUCACGCAGCAGAACUUGAUGAGUAAUCUAGAGUUUCUUUCUGGCAUAUACCCGGCGUCAUCUGAAUCGAGAAUGCUUCAGUCGUGCUCGCAAGCUUUCGAUGUGUCUGUAUUCGAGAUCUUCUAUGCUUGGCACAUAGGCAUGUCUCUUUGUACAGCAAGGAAAGAGGAUCUGUUCCGUGAUUUCGAAGCUUCGAUCAAUAAUCUGGGAGCCACACACCUCAGCCUUACGCCCACUGUGGCAGCCCUUGUCAACCCAGACAAUGUGCCUAAGGUUGAGUUCCUCGUGACCGCAGGAGAAGCUUUGACGGAACACGUUCGGCGACAAUGGGCUGGCCGAGGCUUGUAUCAAGGCUAUGGUCCGUCCGAAACGACCAACAUCUGUACAGUACGACCUUCAGUGACUUCCACGGACUUGAUUAACAACAUCGGUCCACCAUUCGACAACACAUCUGCAUUCGUACUGGAUCCGAACAGCGAUACAAUUCUCCCCCGAGGAGCUGUGGGAGAGCUUUGUUUUGGAGGCGAGCAAGUGUUCCGAGGUUACCUCAAUCGCCCAGAGCUCAAUGCUACAAAGCUUAUCACCAUCGCACCAUAUGGCAGAAUCUACCGAUCUGGAGACAUGGGAAGACUUCUUCCGGACGACUGCAUACUUUCGGCUGGCCGCUCUGAUGAUCAAGUAAAGAUACGUGGUCAGCGAGUCGAGCUCGGAGAGAUCAUAUCAACAAUUUUGGAUGACGACGCUGUCACCGACUGUGUGACUCUCCUUCUCUCAACCGAGAACGGCGUCAAGACUCUGGUAACAUUCUGGGUUCCCAAGAACUACAAAUAUGAGCAUUUCACGACAUUGGACGCUAAGCCCCUCAGGCCUACUGUACUACGGAUCUUCAUAUCCCUCUCAAGACAGCUACCCGUGUACAUGGUUCCAUCUUACCUUGUCCCCAUAAGUAAAAUUCCCAUGACCGCACAAGGCAAGAUCGACAAGCGACUACUGCAAGCAACCUUCAAUAACCUCAGUGACACCGAACUCACACAAUCUUCGCCAACACACGCAACCAAUGGUGAGAUUAAUGGCAAGACUAAUGGUACAUCGACUACUCUAUCGGACUGGGAAAAGAGCGUUGCAGAGAUCCUCGCCCAUAUACUCGAGAUCAAUGUAGAAGGGAUCCGGCGAUCGUCUUCCUUCCUCAACUUGGGUUUGGACUCUGUUUCAGCCAUACGAUUUUGCCACAGCCUCAGACGAUCUGAUCUCGGCGACUUUACGGUCGCCGAAGUGCUCAAGAACCCGACCAUUUCAUACCUGGAUGCCAUACGCGUGGAUCAUACUGCUUCCUUGAAAGCGCAUCAGACACCCCUGAAAGAGCUGCAGAAUGUCUUCACAGAAGAGCAGCAAUCCCAGAUACGUUCAACAUUCAACAAGUCAGGCCUCCAGGUGGAGAAGAUAAAUCCCUGCACCCCGUUACAGGAAGCCAUGCUGGCAAGUAGUACUUCGUCUGAGACUGCCUACAGCAACGUUAUGAUUUUCGAUAUAAAAGGCGAUAGCGCUCGCCUCCAGGCAUGCUGGAAGAUUGCACAGAGCCGUCACGAGAUUUUGCGAACAUCGUUCGUGUCGUCAGACCACUCCAACUUUGCCUUUACGCAGGUUGUUUUGAAAGACGUAGAGCUCCAGUGGGGUCAAUUAGACACACUCCAUGAUGUCCAGUCUCAUAUGGAUACAAUUCUUACGGACCUGCUUGCAUCACACAGACCGCCUCUGCAUCUGGCAGUUCAUAAAGCUGACUCGUCGAUAAAGCUCAUCUUCAGCUGCCAUCAUGCACUCUACGAUGGUGUUGCUAUCGCAAUUCUGCUGGAAGAGAUCCAACAAGCAUAUCUCGACCACACGUUACCGCCCACCAUCUCCUACGACCGAUAUCUGCAGCACAUGAUCUCUCAAGAUUCAGCCGAAGCCGACAAGUUCUGGUCAGUCCGCUUUGCUGACUUCGAGCCCACGUACUUCUCGGAUCUGACUGGCAGAACACAUAAGCACCCUGGCAUUCUGAAGUCAAUACGGCGUGAUCUGCAGCUGCCAUUGGCCAUGGUUCGUGCAGCAUCUCAACGUGCUUCUGUGUCCGUUCUCUCCAUGGUACAAGCUGCCUGGGCGAAGCUCUUGCACUUUUACACGGGUGAGGAUGACCUGUGCUUUGGCAAUGUUGUCAGCGGUCGUACUCUUCUUGAGGAUGGCCUGGAUCGACUUGUAGCGCCAUGCUUCAACACGCUCCCAGUCCGGACCAAUUUUGAUUUCUCGGAGCCGAACAGGGCAUUAGUCCAGUUGUUGCAUAACUUCAACGUAGACUCGUUGGCACAUCAAUUGACAGCUCUUCGGCGCAUCCAGAGUGUUGCUUUGCAAGACGGAGGUCGGCUGUUCGAUACGCUUGUCAUCCUUCAGCAACCGAGUAGACCACUCGAUGACACCAUAUGGACCCUCGAAGAAGACAUGGGCGAGAUGGACCUGCCUGUAGUGUGCGAGGUCCACCAAGUCGACCAGAAUGACGUCCUGAAACUGACUAUUCAUUACAACACCAGCUUGCUGUCUGACCAGGAUGCUCAGAUUGUUGCUCAGACGUUCGAUAGCAGCCUCUGGGCCCUGACUCAGCAUCUCGAUGCCGCUGCCAACGACUCUAUUGGCAUUCCUCAAGCUCUCCAAGCUACAUCCAACAUGAGCUUCGAGCGACUACCCUCGGAUUCUGAUCUGCUACACAAAGCGUUCGAGCAGAAUUCAUUAUCUCCACGGCCUGACGCCAUCGCCCUUGAUUUUCUCCAUGCGGAUGGACAACGCACAACAUGGUCAUACCGGAGAUUGAACUUGACAGCCAAUCACGUCGCAUAUAGGUUGAUGCAUCAGGGAGUUGGAAUCGAGGAUAUUGUUCCUAUUCAUAUUGCGAAGUCUCCGAUAUUCUAUGCCAGCAUCCUGGGAGUCCUCAAGGCCGGCGCCGCCUUCGCACCAGUUCACCCCGAUCUGCCGGAAGCUCGCAAAGAAUUGAUGUUCAAGGACUUGAACCCUAAAGUCAUACUAUGCACAGAGCCUCUAUCGAAUCCUGUUAAACAAGGUUCUGCAGUAGUUCUCAACGUUGCAGAUCUUGAAAAAGGAUGGCUCAAUGCUUGCGAAACACCACACGUCGAAAAUCUCACUGGAUCAAAUCUGGCUUACUGCCUCUACACCAGCGGUUCAACUGGUGUACCCAAAGCGGUCAGUAUGGAGCAUCGAUCUCCCAUACAGACUGUGGAGAGCUCAAGAUCACUGGUGCCAUGGACUCCAUCCUCUAGGUUGUUGCAGUAUGCGGCAGUUACUUUCGACAUGUGCUACUACGACUGUUUCAUGGCUUGGACAUUUGGCUUCACUCUUUGCGCAGCAGAGCAACACAUCAUGUUCGACGACCUGUCACAUGUCAUCAAUUUGCUUGAUGUGACCCUACUGGAUCUUACGCCUUCUGUUGCAGCCUCACUGUCACAAGCUCAAGUACCUAGUGUGCAGUGGCUGUACUGUAUUGGAGAGGCAAUGUCAGCCGAUGUUGCGAAAGGAUGGAACGGCGCUUGUGUCAAUUCCUACGGACCUACUGAGGCUGCAUUCUGCGUAACUAUGUUUCCCGUCUCGGAGGACGUGAAAACAUCGGUCAUCGGUCCACCCUACCCAAGUACGUCUUUUGCAGUAUUCUCGGCUCAUGGCGAACAGCCGUUGCCUAUACUCAGCGUUGGUGAGCUAUAUAUUGGAGGUGCACAAUUAGCUCGAGGCUAUCUUGGUCGUCCUGAGCUCACCAACGAGCGAUUCAUAACUCGAUGCGGUCAAAGGUUCUACAAGAGUGGUGACAUGGUACGCAUGCUUAGCGACGGCAACUUCGAAUUCAUCGGCCGCAUAGAUGAUCAGGUGAAGAUUCGCGGGCUGAGAGUCGAGCUUGGAGAGAUUAACCAGGUGUUGCAAAGCUGCGAUGCGUGUAUCAGAUCUGUCGUUACGCAGAUCAUGAAGAAAAACACUGGAGCUAAGGAGCAGCUAGUUGCCUUUCUCGCUGCUGGCAGCGGAUUGGAAAGGAUCGAAGAGUCGGAUCUUCGAAAGAAAGCCAUGCAGGUUGCGAAGAGCCGAUUGCCCACGUACAUGGUACCCCAGUUCUAUAUCUUCGUUGACAGUAUACCGAAGUCUAUGGCAGGCAAGAUCGACAGGAAGGCGUUGACGCGUAUCUUUGAAGCUGCUACAAUCACGGGUCGAACAUCAAAUGACAUGGACAAUGAUCACAAAUGGACCGAUAUCGAGCUCCAUAUUCGAGAUGUGCUGAGCCGACUAUCAAACACUCCCAUUGAUGAGGUCCUUCCGGAUACAUCAAUCUACCAACUGGGGCUCGACAGUAUCAGUGCAGUCCAGAUCGCUGCAACGCUUCGGAAGCAAGGCUAUGAAGCCAGUGCUUCCGACGUCAUGAGGUAUACCAGUUGUGUUGAUCUUGCAGAACAACUUGCGAAGCAAUCGCAAAUGGCUGGACCACGUAUCGAGCCUUUUGAUUUCGAGGCUUUCGACAAGAAGCAUAGAGCAGCUAUUCUGGAGAUCUGCGGGCUCGACGACCAGUUCAUCGAAGCUGUUCGCCCGUGUACGCCUCUCCAGCAGGGUAUGGUCUCCCAGUUCAUUGCCAAGGACGGGUCCGUCUAUUACAAUUACCUUCGUCUUCAAUUACAAAGCUCCGAUAUGGACAUUGCGAAGCUGAAGAAUGCUUGGGCAAAGACAAUGAUGCGUCACCCGAUACUGCGAAUCGGCUUCGUCCCGAUCAGGGAUGAACAAUACUCGUUUGCAAUGGUUCAGCACACAUCAAACUCAGUCCUCUUGCCGUGGUCAGAAGGAUAUGACGCUGAUUCUCAACUGGCUGCAGAGAGGCUGGGACAGCUACAGCGCAAGGCAUUAACCCACCUUCAUCAACCGAUGUGGGACCUCCGGGUCGUUGCCAGUGAUAAAGACCUCUUCCUCGAUCUAUCGAUUUUCCACGCACUGUUUGAUGCGCAUAGCUUGCAAUUGGUCUUCGAAGAUGUCGUUGCCGUCUACAAUAAUGAGUCACUGAAGGAGGCAUCCCCUCUCGACUCAGUACUCAGUGAACUUCUGCAGCUUAAUCAGAGUCAAACCGAGCCGACAGAGAGAUUCUGGUCUAACUUGGGGAAGAGAACAGUUCCAUCCCGCUUCCCAAAUAUGACACCUUUAAAGUAUGAACCGGCGUCUCCAGUAGUACUGACAAAAUCCUCGUCUAUGUCUGCUGCUGAAGUUGAAGAUGGCUGCCGCUUGGCGAAUGUCACGCUUCAAGCUGCUGGUAUAACUAGCUGGUCGUCUAUAUUGUCCGCAUAUACUGGAGAGCCUACAGUGACGAUUGGUGUCGUUCUGUCCGGUCGCACCUCGGAGACGGCGAACGAUGCUGCCCUCCCAUGCAUCAACACAGUACCGUUCCCAUGCACGAUAACCGAUGACAAAGCGGAAACGAUGAAAUCAGUCAUGGAACUCAACGCAGAUUUGCACCAGCAUCAGUUCACACCCCUCAGCAGGAUUCAGAAGCUGAUGGGUGUGUCGAACGAGUCUUUGUUCGACUCGUUGUUUGCCUUCCAGAAGAUCACAGGAGGAAGCCAGCAGAAUGAAUUGUGGACAGUCGCGGAAGAAAAGGCGACAACAGAAUAUCCGAUCUCGAUUGAGCUCGAGCUAAGAUCAGAUGUUCUGGAGUAUCGGUUGACCUACCUGCCACACAUCGUUCCGCCUGAACAGGCAGGGUUAAUCCUCCAACAGCUCGAUCAUGUUAUGAGGAGCUAUAUUGUCCCGAAAAACUCUCCCGUAACCAAAGCUCUCUUGGAUCAAUCGCUGUACUCCAUCACCCCAGCCAAGGAAUCGACCUUACCGUCUGAAGUACAGCUGCUGCACGAGUUCGUUGAGUUCACCGCCAACGUGCAUCCUGACCGCGCCGCUUUCGAGUUUGCGAGUUCAACACAGGCAGAUCAGCUUGCCAGUAAGUCAUGGACAUACCAUGAGCUUGAUGUGGAAGGCAACAGAAUUGCACAUCUGUUGCUGUCUCGCAACGUUCAGCAAGGUGGACUCGUUGGCGUGUGCUUCGAGAAGUGCCCAGAAGCGUCUUUUGCAAUGCUAGGCAUACUGAAGGCUGGCUGUGCGUUUGUCGCUAUCGAUCCAAGUGCACCAAGUGCACGUCAAGCCUUCAUCAUUGAAGACUCGGGCGCUCAGGUAGUACUCUCGAUGAGUGUACAGUCUGCGAAGUUCAAGGAGAACGUCAAGUUGCCAGUACUCGAUCUUGACAAGAUUGCUACCCGUGAUUUUGCCGCAACAAGGCCCCAGCUCAAGAGAAACGUCGACCCUCAAGAUCGCAGCUAUUGCCUGUACACCAGCGGCACUACCGGUACGCCUAAAGGAUGCGAGCUGACUCAUGAAAAUGCGGUACAGGCGAUGUUUGCUUUCCAACGACUGUUCGCUGGCCACUGGGAUGCAGAAUCACGCUGGUUGCAAUUCGCGUCCUUCCAUUUCGACGUCUCAGUGCUUGAGCAGUACUGGAGCUGGUCAGUCGGCAUCUGCGUUGUGUCAGCGCCGCGAGACCUUAUCUUCGAAGACAUCGCAAACUCCAUACGCACACUCAACAUUACACACAUCGACCUCACACCAAGCUUGGCUCAAAUACUACAUCCAGAUGAUGUGCCAAGCCUGUGCAAGGGUGUGUUCAUUACCGGAGGCGAGAGCCUGAAGCAGGAGAUUCUGGAUGUUUGGGGUCCGAAGAGCGUCAUCUACAACGGCUACGGACCUACCGAAGCCACGAUCGGCUGUACCAUGUACCCGCGCGUUCCAGCCAACGGCAAGCCUUCCAACAUUGGACCUCAGUUCGAUAAUGUGGGUUCAUACGUCCUCAAGCCUGGCACCGAUGUUCCUGUGCUUCGAGGUGGAGUUGGUGAGCUCUGUGUGUCUGGCAAGCUUGUCGGCAAAGGCUACCUGAACCGACCAGAGCUGACCAAAGAGCGAUUCGCUCACCUUGAUCGCUUUAACGAGAGGGUAUAUCGUACUGGAGAUCUGGUAAGGGUAUUGCACGAUGGCACUUUCGACUUCCUGGGUCGAGCAGACGACCAAGUUAAAUUGCGUGGCCAGCGACUCGAAAUUGGUGAGAUCAACUCUGUCAUAAGACAAUCGAGCAAAAACUUCACGGAUGUGGCGACACUGGUCCUCAAGCACCCUAAGCAACAGAAAGAGCAACUUGUUGCGUUCGUAGUCGUCGGUAUCAAAUCUCCUCGCGAACCCAAAGCACUCCUUGUCGAAGCUGCGAGACUAGGUGGAGCGAAGGAAGCAUGUCACGACAAGCUGCCGCCCUACAUGGUCCCAACGCACUUCGUUCCAUUGGCUUCGAUGCCUCUAAAUAUCAAUAACAAAGCCGAUGGAAAGCAACUGAGACAUAUCUAUGAGGCAUUAUCAAGCAAUGACCUGCAGCAGCUUUCAGUAACCUCAAGCGGAGCGGAGUCUCCUUGGUCAGAGCAUGAAAAGAGGCUCCGCCAUGUUCUAGCCGAGGCCUUAAGCAUUAGUGAGGAAGCUAUCGACAAGAACUCCAGCUUCUAUGAGCUCGGCAUGGACUCGAUAUCCGUCAUUGGAGUCUCCCGAGCUGUGAAGCAAGCAGGUUUCCCGCAACUUACUGCUGCCUUACUCCUGAGACAUGCCACCAUCGGUCGACUUUCCAAGGUGCUCUCUACGUCCCGUACGACUGCAGACAAUCGCGGCUCUCUCAUUGCCGCACAACAGACCAUUAGUGCUAUACAACACCGUUACCGACGUGUGGUCGCCCAAUCACUUGACGUAGAGACGCGAGACAUUGAAGCGCUCGCUCCUUGUACGCCCCUCCAACAAGGCAUGAUUGUACGGUACUUGAACAGUGAUGACGGCCUCUACUUCAGUACCUUCAAGUUCAAGCUUAACCGGGACAUUGUUGUCUCUCGCCUGCGCCGGGCUUGGAACGCAGUCUUCGAGGACACACAGGUCUUACGAACGGCAUUUGUGAACACAGACGAUGGUUACCUACAAGCUGUCCUACAGGGGGCUACGUUGCCUUGGAGCGAACAUAAUGUCGAGCGUGCUUCAAUAUCGGACUGCGUGCAGGACCUUCGGCAGAGCUGGCUUGAAGUGAACCGUGUCGAGCUCAGCAGACCAUUCGAACUUCAUCUUGUUGGUCCAUCAGGAGAUCAGCUGCUGGUUGUACACAUUUUCCAUGGGCUGUACGACGGCAACAGCAUUGAGCUGCUGUUCGAAGAAGUGCGGGAAACGUAUGAUGGUGGAGAGACCGAAGUAUCUAACGUCCCGACCUUCCAUGAAGCUCUUCCACAUGGCCCAUUGCGCAUUGCUGAAGGUGCAAAACAGUUCUGGGAGGGUCAUCUGAUAGAUCGCACCCCGAGAUCGCUUCCAUCAUUGACGCAAGAGCUGACCCAGGGCACCAUCGUGGUUACUCGAGACUUCGACUCGAUUCCAGCUUAUGAUACGACCAGAAGGAAACUUAAGGUCACAGCUCAAGCUAUUGCUCAAGCCUGUUGGAUGCAUGUACUGCAGGAGUAUGUACAGGUCCCAAUCAACACGGGCAUGGUAGUAUCUGGUCGAAGUCUCGAUCUCGAACGUGCUGACCACGUAAUCGGCCCAAUGUUCAAUACCAUUCCCUAUCAACACCACACUCAAGUCGGCGAUACCUGGGCCUCGAUCAUCGCCAGAGUACAUAACUUCAACACUGCAGCUGUCCCAUAUCAACAUACACCGUUGCGGGACAUCAUAAAAUGGUGCAAGAGAUGCCCCAACCAGCCACUCUUUGAUACACUGUUUGUCUAUCAGGUUGCGCAGACUGACAAGGACUGGUGGAGAAGUAACCCUAUAUGGACAUUGCUGGACGGUGAUGCGGUCGCAGAUUAUCCUUUGGCAAUCGAGAUCGAGCAGAAGAGCCAUGACAGGUUUUCGCUAACCUUGGUCACUCAAGGUCACAUUUCAAGCGCGACGACUUCGAAUAAACUCCUCGAUCGAUUCGAAGAAGCACUCACGAGUGCACUGGCGGACCCCUCGACUGUAUUGGAGACUUCGGUCAAACCGAGUGGCAGCAAUCCGAACGGCGUGGCAGCUGGACACUACAUCACAAACGGGGUGAAUGGCACAACAGAGUUUGACUGGACAGAGAACGCUAUCACAAUCAGGGAAGAGAUCGCCAAUCUUACUGGAGCAGAAGUGGUUAGAGUCAGUGAGUCAACAUCGAUCUUCGAACUGGGCCUCGACAGCAUCGAUGCAAUCAAGCUAUCAUCGCGACUCAGGAAGCGCGGCAUCAAUCUACCCGUCAGCGGUAUCAUGCGAGGCCUUACUAUCCAAAGCAUGGUCAACAACAUACAGAUCAACCAGACUAAUGGCACUCUUUCACAAGACAAGGGAGGGCUUGCCCACCGCAAAAGUGAAUUACGGCACUAUCUCGAGUCACACGCAGUAGACAUGGGCAAAGUCGACGAUGUCCUACCACUUACGCCACUGCAAGAAGCUAUGGUAGCGGAGAUGAUUGCUUCAGAUUAUGCGAGAUACUACAACUUCGAUGUUGCAGAACUGGCUGCAGACACCGAUGUUGACAGACUGCAUGAUGCAUGGCACAUGGUCAUCAAGUCCACACCCAUGUUGCGCACAGCAUUCAUCGAAGUCGAUGAUCCAAAGAUCGACGAAGCAUAUGCUCAGGUUGUCGUCAAGCAGAAGUCUCUGGAGCACUGUGUUAAACGACAAAAGUGCGACACAGUCGAAAAACCCAACGUCUCUGCUAUAUUUGAGGAUUUGCGUCGUGCAGCAGCACAGUCAAAUGCUCUGGAUCCGCCCUUCAAGAUCAAUUUUGUGGAGACGUCUGAACUCACGUACCAGGUCUUGUCGAUUGCCCAUGCUCUCUACGACGGCUGGUCAUUGGGUCUGCUGCAUGAUGCUGUCAGUGCGGCUUACCGUGGACAAUACACUCCCCCGCCCAGCUACGAAGCUACCUUGGCUGAGAUAUUAGCUGGGUCUGGACCAGACGCUGCGAGUUUCUGGAGAGACUACUUGAACGGAUUAAAGCCGAGUCUUUUUCCUCGCCGCAACCUUGGUGCCACGGAAAUAGGAACAGUCUUCCGCAAGGAGCGCGCCAGCGACAUAGGGCUAUCCUACAUUACGGUUUUCGCCAAGAACAGCAAGGUGUCACUACAAACGUUGGGCCAGACAACUUUCGCCCUCACAUUGGCAUCUUAUGUUGGCUCAUUGGACGUUACUUUUGGCUGCGUUCUCUCCGGCCGCGACGAUGAUGAAAAGUCUCAAUUACUCUUCCCGACUAUGAACACUGCUCCAAUCCGCACAGUGCUGCAUGGUUCCCGUCAGGAACUGCUACAGUACGUGCAAGAAAACUUCAUCAACAUCAAGCAGUGGCAGCACUACCCUCUACGGAAAGCUUCGGCCCUUGCAGGCGCGCAGGGCAGGCUCUUCAAUAGCCUGUUCAUCUACCAGAAGAGUGCGGAGCAAGACUCCAGCACAGAAAGGAAGCUUUACCAGAGCAUUGAAGCUCAAAGCGACGUCGAGUAUCCAGUCUGUGUAGAGAUGGAAGUCGUCAACGACACGCUGAUUUGGCGUUGCGCAGUCAAAGACGAGGUCAUGGACUUUGAGGGAUCUCGGGCGCUGCUUAACAAGUUGGACCAGGUGCUCUGCAAUAUCAUCCAAUCCCCUGAAGAACCAACUAUCAAUUCAACGCCACAAGGAACGUCAGUGUGUGGCUUGCCAGCGUUCAAAGAGGAGAGUUCGCAUAUGCUGGAGGUUGAGAACACAAAUGAGCAAUCGAGCCCUUCUAUCGACGCACCAUUGUCAGAAACAGCUACAAAGAUUCGAGAAGUACUGGCCUCAGUUGCUCAGGUUAAUGAGCAAGAUAUCGAGCCGGGCAUGUCAAUCUUUCACAUCGGCCUGGAUUCCAUCAGUGCUAUCAAGGUAUCCUCAAUCCUUCGCAAACAAGGCAUUGCUCUUAGUGUUGGCGAGAUGCUCAAGGCUGGCACUGUGGAAAUGAUGGCUGAGACAGCUGGAAAGCGCACGACGUUUCUUUCGAAUGGACAUACCGACUCGAGUGCUCUGAUCAAACAUGCAUUACGCGGACUUGAUCAAGACAAAGCCCUAAGCUGGGCCAGCAUCGAAGCUUCACAGGUCGAUCGAAUCUUACCUCUCACGGCUGGUCAGUUGUAUAUGCUCUCCAUGUGGCUCAAUACAAAGGGCGCCAAUUUCUACGCAGAGUUCACCUACCACCUAGAGGGCGCUGUGAGCUCUGAAGCGUUGCACAAGUUGUGGCAAGACCUCAUCACAGCGAACCCAGUACUCCGCACACACAUCGUUACAACUGGUCAAAGCGACUUACCAUACGUUCAAGUUGUGCUCAAGGAAGCGAAUCCUUCGCUGACCGACAUCACGGUCCAAGAUAAGGAAAGUGCAACACAGACCAUGAAUAAGACCGCAACGCAGCAGCCAUGGGUCCACCUCUUCGUCUCACGCACAGCAUCGGGUUGGAUGCUCAAGUUCAAGAUUCAUCACGCCUUAUACGAUGGGGUGAGCUUGCCGCUUCUGAUGCAGCAGCUUCUGAGUCUCUGCAACGGUGCUACGCCUUCUACACCAGGCCAUACAUUCGAUGAGUACGUAGCUGUGAGCCAUACUGCGUCUGCGCCAUCACAACGCAAAGCGUUCUGGACGCAGUACCUCGAAGGCAUCGAACCGCACUACAAUGCCAAAGCGGAGGUCUUCUCCAGCUCAAAGACAGAGAUCUUCAAGCCCGGCCUUCUGCAGGCAUCCAGCUUGGAGUCUAUCGCUCGCCAACACGGCAUCUCGACACACGCGCUCUUCCUCGCAGCUUACGCGAAACUUUACGCAGCGAAAGUAAGCCGAGCAAAAGGAGAAGAUGUGGUCAUCGGCAUCUAUCUCGCCAACCGGUCACUCCCCAUCGACAAUCUCUCCACGGCUGCGAUACCCACAGUCAAUCUUCUCCCUCUCCGCGUUCGGUUGCCGCUUAACACGUCCAUCAUUGAUGCAGCAACAGAGAUCCAACGUGACCUACAAGCCAUAGGCGAACCGGUGAACGCAACGACCAGUCUGUUCGAGAUCAGUGAGUGGACGGAUGUCAAGAUCGAUACGUUCGUCAACUUCCUCAGUCUGCCGGAUGCUGAUGACGAAGAUAUUGUGAAACGAGAUGAUGGGGUCAAAAUCACGCAGGAGGCUAGCUGGCAGGAGGCUGUCAGCAGGGUGACUGAACUCGAUCAUGGAGACUGGGAAGCCAUUAAGGAGAUGGUGGAUGAGCGUGUGAACGCGGCGUACCUUCACGCGAUUGACGUCGAAGCUACGGUUCGCAAUGGGAAACUGGAUGUUGGUGUAUUCGCAUUGACUGGCAUGCUGAGUUUGGAGGAUGGGGAGAAUUUGAUCGAGAAUCUAAAAUCAGAGUUGAACGACUUGGAUCGGGCGUAA